ACAUUAAUGUAUAAUUAAUCAAUAUUCAUUUUUUUUAUUCUGAACGAAUAAUUCUUAACAGUUAAAUAUUACGUUAUUACAAUUUAAUCUUUAAUUUUUAUUUUUUGUGGUGUCUACAUUAACAAUAACUAUGACAAGGAAACCAAGGAUGUUAUACACAUAUUUAUUUUCAAUUUUUAUAGUAUAUACUUUCGUCGGCUCUAGGACAUUACCAGUAGAAUCAGCAAGAAUAUUGGCAGUAGAAACAAUUGCUGGCAGAAGUCAUUGGAAUUUCGUAAGUUCUAUACUCCGUGUCUUGUCAAAUAAUGGCCAUCAUGUUACUGUGUUUACACCAUUUCCCGAAGGGCAACGAGACAACUAUGCAGAGGUUAAUACAACAAAUGAUCAUGCAACAUAUGUAGAAUUGAAUUUAACCGAUACAGUAGAUUUAUGGGGAAAUCCAACGGCAAUGGUCGAAUUCAUAAGAACUAAACGUAUACCCGUGUGUGAUGCAGCGUAUAAAAGUGUUGAGUUAAACAAAAUAAUGGAAGAAAAAGAAAAUUCCAACUUCGAUCUACUCAUCAUUGAAAUACUGGGAUACGAUUGUGAAUUAUAUUUGGCUAGUAAAUUAAACUCGCCUUUGAUCUAUUUGAUUUCAUCGCCAAUGGUAACAUUUCAAGAACGAUUAAUUUCCGGUGACAUCCCAAACCCAGCAACGAUUUCACAUUUAUAUGCUAAUCACGCCAUUCCUAAGACAUUCGUGCAAAGAUUUUCAAACACCUAAUUAUUGGGAUAGAGCAUGAUGCCUCUGAGUGUUGACAAAUGGAUAAGACAGUAUACAAUUAAUAGACCAUAUAAUUGGAUAACCAAUACAGUUCAACCAUAACUGACAUCUGUAAAUACUAAAUAGUCAUUUCAUAAGCGAAGUUUCGAGACCGUUUCCACAAAAUGUUAUACAAGUGGGUAGC